AUGAGAGUGUCACUGAAGGCGAUCGUGAAAGUUAUCCAAUAUACCGAGUUUCGUGAAGAUGUUCAGAAUCAGAAGGCUGCCGACUCGUCCAAAAGACUUGCUGGACUAUGUGCUACAAUCGAUGAUGGAAUCUUGAGAGUUGGUGGUCGUCUAAAACACUCUAAUCUGCCUUUCGAUGCCAGGCAUCAAAUGAUCCUUCCCGGUCACCAUUUCGUAACUAAACUAAUCCUCCGCGCUCUUCACGAAGAAAAUCUUCAUGCCGGUCCUUCAGCCAUCCUUGCUAUAUCGCGUCAAAUGUUUUGGAUUUUAAAAGCGCGUUCUACAAUCCGAGGAGUUACUAGAAGCUGUAUCGCCUGCUUUCGAACGAAUCCUAAGAGAAUAACUCAAUUGAUGGGAGUACUGCCAGAACCUCGUGUAAACCCCGCUAAGCCGUUUGAAAAUACUGGAAUUGAUUUCGCUGGUCCUAUAGCAGUCAAAGAAGGCAAGUAUCGCCCGAAGAUUGUUAAAGGAUAUAUUGCUGUUUUUAUAUGUCUUGCAACCAAGAAUGUGCAUCUUGAGUUAGUGUCAAGUCUUAGUACUGAAGCGUUUCUUGCUGCACUUGAUCGCUUUGUGAACCGUCGAGGUAUGGUUAAGAGCAUUCUCUCUGAUAACGGUACUAAUUUCGUCGGCGCUUCUAAUGAACUUCGAGAGUUAUAUAAGCAAUUACGAUCUGAGACAAUGCAAGCCAAGAUCAAUGAUUUGUUGCUUCCGCGAGAAAUCCAGUGGUGCUUCAUUCUCCCAAGAGCUCCCAACUUCGCAGGCUUAGUAGAAGCUGCUGUGAAGAGCGUAAAAACUCAUUUGAAAAGGACAUUACAAAAUGCCAAACUAACGUUUGAAGGGUUUGCUACUUUAUUGACGCACGUUGAAGCCAUUUUAAAUUCCCGUCCAUUAUAUGCGGUUUCUGAAGACCCAAACGAUCCGCUGCCGAUUUCUCCAGCUCAUUUGCAGUUAGGAAGAGCUUUACAACCAGUUCCCAAGCCAACACUUUUGGAUGUUAACGAAAAUCGAUUAUCCCGUUGGCAAUAUUUGACGUUGCUCAGAGAUCACAUUUGGAAAAGGUGGUCAAAGGAGUACCUUUCUACGCAUCGGUCUAGAGGUAAAUGGGUCAAAUCCACUGCUAAUAUUGAACCAGGUAUGAUAGUUCUGCUGAUAGAAGAUAAUCUCCCACCGCUAUCCUGGAAGUACGGCAAGAUAGUGAAAACCUACCCCGGUCCUGACCAGCUUGUUCGAGUGGCCGAUGUAAAGACCGCUUCAGGUGUGUUUAAAAGAAGCAUUGCUAAGCUAGCUCCUUUACCAAUUAAGGACAAUGAUGAACUUCAAGAUUGUCUGGAUGCCGGGGUGCUAUCCACUCUUCAGUUUUGA